GUGUCAGCUCCGGGUUAGUAGGAAGAACGUCGUCUGCUAGCAUUGCUAGGCUCAAAUGUCGUGUAACGGUUUUUUUCAACUUUUAUUUAUUAACUUUUUUGUAGUUGUCGAUCCUUUGGGGUAGCUCGUCUCGAAACCAGUUAAACAACCCCGCUCACGCGUUCGCCCGAACCGAUUUAAUGGCUAGCAAUUGAUUUCGUUUCAACAAAAUAUUCUCACGCACUACGAAAUCUCGCGUUCAUCCCUUUUCACCUCAGCGUUUUAAAUGAGUUGCACGUGAUUCAUGAUUUUCGAUCUCAUUAGAUAAGACCGUAACGAGUUUUGGUACGAGAUAGCUAAACAUUAAUACUAUAAAAUAUGUUAUAUUUUAAUUUUACCUUUAAUAUUGAGUAUUGAUUUGGUAGAUGGCAAUAUUGCAGUUUAUUCUCGAUUGAUCUAGGAAAAUAUUAAAAUAAUCUUUGUUAGCGAGUAAAUCAAGUAGGAAUUUUCAUUAAAAUUGGCAUUUCAUCCAAGGUGAACAUGAGUAAAAAAGCAAAGACAACUCCUAAAGAAGAAUUACCCAGUGGAACUUUGUUGAAAGAUAUUAAAGAUACUGUAUGGGAAGUCAAAAAUAUUAUUGGUAGUGGAGGAUUUGGAUAUGUUUAUUGUGGAAUCAAACAUGGUAGUCGAUCAAAGAUCGAAUAUGCAAUCAAAACUGAAAAUAUGGAAAGUGGACCGCUGUUUGUGGAACGUAUGUUUUAUAUAAAAAAUGUGAAAGAACAAGAUGUCAAAAUCUGGAAAACUGAAAAAAAGUUGAAAGAAUUGCCAUUACCAAAAUUUUAUGGUUUUGGAAGUACUGUUUAUAAUAAUAAUCAAUAUAGAUUUAUUGUUAUAGAAAAAUUUGAUAAAGACCUAGAGGAAUUUCUUAAAACAGUCUCGAAUAGUUUAUUAUUAGGAGCUGUUAUUAACAUAGUUCGACAAAUAAUUGAUGCGUUAGAGUUCAUUCACUCACGUGGAUAUGUUCAUUGGGAUAUUAAAAGUCAAAAUAUAUUUAUUGGGAAAUAUCCUAGACAGAACCAUGUGUUUUUAGGCGAUUUCGGUAUGGUGACCAAGUAUAAGACUGAAAAUCUACUCCCAGAUAAAAAAUGUGCAAAUAAUGGUACACUUAAUUACAUUGCCUUAGAUGGUCAUGUUGGUAUGUAUACACGUCGUGGUGAUUUAGAAAGUCUUAUGUACAAUGGAUUGGAGUGGUUAAAAUUAAAGUUACCAUGGACAGGUCAAGCAUUGUCAAAAACUAUUAAAUCUAAAAAUCAAAUGAAGGAAACAAUUUUGGCAGCAGGUCCGGAAGAAAAAAUACAUGAUUUUGUUAAAGUACCUCAUU